GAGUCAGGGGUCAAGGGGCAGUGCUCAUACAGGCUACUGUUUCCUGCAGUGGUUUCCUCAUGUGCUGCUUUAAGAGGUACCUUGCAUCUGCUCUCAUUUUUACUAAAUCAUCUGAACAGCACUUAACUGGGAUCUGCCUCUACUUGAAAUCUUCCAGAGGAAGUUAAGAAAGUGCUCCCCACCCCAACAGCUUACAGAAAUAAAGGCAAUGAAUAAUUCAUGACUAGAUUACAUGUACUGUCCCUCUCCCAAACAGUCUUGCUAUAUGAGUAGAGAAAACGUGAAGAUGUGGGACCUUCUUGUUUUGUUGCUAUCGUGCUGGGUUUUGCCUGCUGAUGGAGUUACACGAACACAUUACAUUGCUGCUGUGGAGCGCAAAUGGGAUUACAUACACCAGGAGCUGCUGUUUGCUACUGACAGAGAAAAGGGACAAAAUGUAUCUCCUGGUGGCCACUUUCAAUACAAGAAAGCUUUGUACAUGGAAUUUAUGGAUUCUUCAUUUGCAAAGCCUAAGAAGAGACCUGCAUGGCUAGGUAUACUGGGUCCCAUAAUUCGUGCUGAAAUCUAUGAUACCCUGAUUGUCCACUUCAAGAAUAUGGCUUCGCAGCCUGUCAGUCUCCACCCGAUAGGAAUCUCCUACUGGAAGACAUCUGAAGGGUCAAGCUAUGAUGAUGGAACAAGUGCAUUUGAGAAAGAGGAUGACGCAGUUCAACCUGGUGGUAACUAUACCUACAGGUGGGAUAUAACACCGGAUUUGGGUCCAACAGAUAAUGACCCACAAUGCCUGACCUACAGUUAUAUGUCCCAUGUCAAUUCAGUGAAGGACCUCAACUCAGGCCUGAUUGGGCCUCUACUUAUCUGUAAAGCAGGAGUGCUGAUCAGAGAUGGACAGCAAGCUGCUAUGCAAGAACUUGUGCUGCUUUUUUCAGUAUUUGAUGAAAGUAAGAGCUGGUACCCAAUACACUCAGAAGUGAAAAGGGGGACUCAAACCGCAAAUGCUGUGCUACCAACUAAAGUACACUCUGUAAAUGGAUAUGUAAACAACUCUUUGCCUGGGCUAAAUGUGUGCUAUAUGAAGACAGUGACUUGGCAUGUGCUUGGAAUGGGAACUUCUCCAGAUCUCCACUCAAUUUUGUUUGAAGAGCACAACUUUGUAGUUCAAAAGCAGCGGACUGUCUCACUGGAUCUCUCACCAAUGACCUUCCUCACUGCUGAAAUGAUAGCUGACAAAAUGGGAACAUUUUCGUUAUUCUGCCAGAUUCCCAACCACUGGAAAGCUGGCAUGAAGGCCAAUUUUACUGUUCAGACGUGUCCAGAGGAGAAGAAGAUGGAAAAAUCUGCAGAUGAUGAUUAUGAAUAUGACUACGAUGACCCUGAUCCAGAAGAUGCAGGACCAUCUAAGGUGCAGGUUGGCAGCAUUACCUUUAGCACUCUCCGAACCUGGUCACCUAAGGUCCAGAAGUGGAUCCAUUACAUUGCGGCUGAAGAGGUGGAGUGGGAUUAUGCACCCAAAAUUCCAGAUUAUAUUGACAGGACUUACAUGGCCCAGAUGCUGGAGUCGGGUCCUCAGCGCAUUGGUAAAAAGUACAAAAAGGUGGUAUAUACUGAGUACACAGACCAGUUCUUUCAGAAACGUCUGGAAGUCAAAGAUCAAGGUUCAGGCCUUACAGGCCCUAUGCUACAAGGUGAAGUGGAACAUGAAAUCAAGAUUGUUUUCAAAAAUAUGGCAAGCCGCCCUUACAAUAUAUAUCCUUAUGGGCUGACCAGCGUCAAGCCUCUAGUCUCAAGCAUGUUGCCAAAAGGCCAAGACUUAAAGAAUUACGCUAUCAAACCCAACAACACCUUUGUGUAUAACUGGAAAAUUGCACCAGAAGAUGGCCCUGUAAGCAGCAGCUCAAAAUGUUUGACUCGAUUUUACUAUAGUUCCAUAGACCCAGUGCGAGACACAGCUUCGGGGCUGAUUGGUCCACUGCUCGUGUGUUACAAAAAUGCCUUGACUAAAAAUGGCCAUCAGAUGAAAUCCGACAAGAAAAGGUUUCUACUUUUUUCUGCAUUUGAUGAGAACAUGAGCUGGUACUUGAAUGAGAAUAUUCAAAAGUACUGCAAGCAGCCUUCAUCUGUGAAUCAGCUGGACCCAGAUUUCUACAGAUCAAAUAUCAUGCAUGGUAUCAAUGGCUACAUGUUUGACAACCUCCAGAUGACUUUCUGCAAGAAGGAAGUGACGUUCUGGCAUAUUCUCAGUGUUGGGUCUCAGACAGAUGUCCUCUCCAUCUAUUUCUCUGGACAUCUCUUUGAGAAGCAGGGUAUUUACAAGGACACACUUACUCUCUUCCCAUUUGAGGGAGAAACAGUGUACAUGGAGAUGGAGCAGAUAGGUACAUGGAUAGUGGGUUCAGUAAAUGCUUUCUUCAAAGACAAUGGUAUGAGAGGCACAUACACUGUCACCACCUGUGAGUCUGUACUCAGGGCAAUCGGUGAUGAUGAUGAAGAUGAAGAUGAAGAUGAUGACAAUGCUGACAAUGGUUAUGGUGCCACAGAACUAUCUGGCACCAGAACUGGAAAGACCUCUAUACCUAGAAGUAUUGGUAAAACAAAGACGUGUGCAAAAAGGCAAUGCCUGCUCCAGCAAGAAUUAAAGUCUGCAGGUCUUUCUAAUAGCAAAUUAAGGAAUUAUUUCAAUGUGGAACUAUGUCAAAUGCAUAAGCAUAUAGACAGUCUAACAAAUAACAGCAAUAAUGCAAGCAGUCUUUUAAAAAAAAAGACAGACACCAAUAACCAUGAUGAUUUUGAACACAUUCCUUUUGAAGUUUUAAAAACUGCAAUCUUAGGAAAAGGUGAAGGUGAUGUGAAAAGAACCAAUCAAGCCCUUCAGAACUCACCACCACUAGACCAUAACAGGAAACUUGGAGAAAAAACGUCUACGAACAACAUCUUAGAGGAAACCCUGUUUGCUGCGAUGAAAACCACAGGUGUUGAGCAAGUGAGUGAUACUUCCAAGGAAUCCAUAAAUCAGGCAGUCCUUCAAAACUGUGAUGAAUACACUGCUUCUUGCAAGCAGUACCAUGAGAACAAAUUGAAGAAAUUUACUACUGCAGCAAUGCCCCAAAAAAUAAAGCUCUCUGUCAAAACCUUGCAGGAGUCUUUUGGCACAUAUACUGAGAGUACAGGAGAAACGUUUGUUGUUACAAAACUUGCAGAAGCCAAUGAACACCUUGCUAGGCAGAAACAAAGCGACAUUUUGCCUGAGAUAAAUAAUACUGAAUACGUCCUUAAGGGAGCUGAUGAUUUUAUAAAACACAAUGGCAUGGUGCUUAAGAAAAAUGAAUUCAAUACACACAUUUUGGGAACAUUGUCAGAGCUGCAAGGAAUUAAUGCAACAGAUCAAGCUGAAAAUAAAAAUCCUUUAGGUAUUUCCAGACCAUUCAUCAGUUUGCAAGAAACAUCAGAAGUGCAGCCAUGUAACAAAACAUUUUUAAAAGCACUUAUAGGUUUAAAAGAAAUAAGUGAAAAGCAGUUUCAAAACAAUGCUAGUUCAACAGAUAUAGCAGGAAUUGUUAAUCUAAAAUACGUAAAUAGAGAGAUCGUAGCAAAACAGGAAAAAUCAUUGUGUAUGUUACAGAUGUUACAGGCAACAGAUGCCAAUGGAACGUUCCAAGCAACAAAAAAUGGAACUUCCGGAAGUAUUUCAGGAAAAUACGAACUGAAAGAGAACAAGAAAUAUGAAGUCCCAACCACCAUUUCCAGAAGGCUUACUGCUAAUGAUUAUAUUUUUAAUGGCUCACUAGAAUCUAAAAACACUGGUAAAAAUAAAACUUACAGUGGAAAAAUGCUUCCAAGCAUUAUGUCUGACCAAGCAGAAAGCAUGGAACAGUCACAUAAGCCUAAACAUUACCUGAUGGAAUCAGAGUUCAUAGACGCCCUUAGUAACCACACUCUUGAUCAGUCAUCAAAAGAUAAAGCGGUGUCAAAGAAGCAAGCCUUUGAAAAUUUAGUGCAUAAAGUAAUCUUGUCAAAUCUGACCAACAAAUCAGGUAACAAUACUGCUUCUGUAAAAAUGCCUGCUAUAAAUGGUGAACAUCCUUCUUUAAGCACCAGUCAGAGGAAAGCACCGUCUCCCAGGAGUUUUUUGAACCGUGCAGGUGGCAGUUACCUGUAUGAUUCAAUUGAUGGACUUCCUGAUGAGGAACAUGACUAUGAUGACAGCACAAUAUUUACUCAGGAUUAUGACUACAGCGAUGAAUCGAUUCAGCCUUUGGAUGCACGCACUUCUGGUGGCAGAAUCAGAUACUAUUAUAUUGCAUCCAUAGAGAUUAUGUGGGAUUACGGUUUCAGUAAAACACAUCCUUUUGCUGAACCCAGAAAUAAAGUGUCCAAAGUGCAGUCCUUCAAGAAAGUCGUCUUUCGUGAGUUCUUGGACAAGACUUUUACAGAACCAGCUUUUCGUGGUGAAAGGGAAAAACACUUGGGACUUCUGGGACCAGUAAUCAGAGCUGAAGUUAAUGAUGUUGUGGUGAUAACAUUUAUGAACCUGGCCUCCAGGCCCUACUUUCUGUACACCCAGCUGAUGCCGUACAAAAGGACAAUAGACGGGAUUGGAAAGGAAGGAGGCGAUCAGGUAAAGCCAGGCAAAAUGCAAACAUUCUCUUGGAAGGUGGAAAGUCACAUGGCUCCUACUGACAAGGAAUCUGACUGCAAGACUUGGGCCUACUAUUCCAAUGUCAACUCUGAGAAAGAUAUUAACUCAGGACUUGUUGGUCCCCUUCUCAUAUGCAAAGCUAAACUUCUGAAUCAGAGUUCCAACUCACUGCCAGCAGCCUUGGAUCUGUUUCUUCUUUUCAUGACUUUUGAUGAGACAAAAAGCUGGUAUUUUGAAGAGAAUUUCAGCAGCAACUGUGUACUGUACUGCAACAAUCAGCUGGGUGGUGACACACUGCAGAAAAAACACAAAUUUCAUGCCAUCAAUGGAUUUGUUGAUAAUACUCUUCCUGGCCUAAUCAUACCACAAAACCAUUUGGUACGCUGGCAUCUCCUUAACAUGGGUGGAAGAGAUGAUAUCAUCGCUGUGCACUUUCAUGGACAAGUUCUUCUCCUGCGGAAGAAAACACAUCAUAGAAUGGGAGUCUACAAUUUGUACCCUGGUAUGGUGGCUACUGUCGAAAUGCUUCCUACAAAGGCAGGAUUGUGGAAAAUUGAAUGUGAAAUUGCCGAACACCAGGAGGCUGGAAUGUCAGCUUAUGUUCUAGUGUAUGACCCAGCAUGCCAGAGACCCCUUGGAAUGACUUCUGGGAGCAUUUUGGAUUAUCAAAUUACAGCUUCAGGAUAUUACGAUGAAUGGAAACCAAGUCUGGCCCGAUUAGACAACUCUGGUUCUAUCAAUGCUUGGAGCACUGAAAAACAGACACCUUGGAUUAAGGUCGACCUGCUUAAGCCAAUGAUCAUCCAUAGUAUUCAGACACAAGGGGCUUCGAGGUUGAUGACCAGCAUGUAUAUAUCCCUUUUCCACAUCUCCUACAGCUUGGAUGGUAUCAGCUGGAGUUUCUACAAAGGGAAUUCUACAUACAGAAAAAUGUCAUUUACUGGAAAUAUAGAUGGCAGCAGCAAGAAAGUAAACCACUUUAACCCGCCAAUUAUGGGCAGAUUUAUCAGACUGCAUGCAAAAAGAUUUAGCAAGCGUCCUACCCUAAGGAUGGAACUCUUUGGCUGUAACAUGCACAGUUGUUCUCUGCCACUGGGAAUGGAAACCAAAGAGAUCGGUCCUCAGCAGAUCACAGCUUCAUCCAAGAUGGAAGGUUUAUUUGGCAGCUGGUCCCCAGAACUGGCAAGACUUAACCUGCAAGGGAUGUUGAAUGCAUGGAUGCCGAAGGAUAACAAUAUGAAUGAAUGGCUUCAAGUAAACUUUGGCAGCAAGAAGAAGGUGACAGGUGUGAUUACCCAGGGUGCCAGAACGUUGAGGAAGGAUAUGUACAUAACGGAGUUUGCACUAUCCAUUAGUCCAGAUGGCAUUAACUGGAUGACACUUCAGCAAAAUGGAAAAGUAAAGUUGUUCCAGGGAAACAGCAUGAACAAGAAGCAGGCUGAGAACUCAAUUGAUCCACCAGUAUUCACACAGUACAUUCGUUUACACCCUAGGAUGUGGUACAAUGGAAUUGCACUGCGAUUGGAGUUUCUGGGUUGUAACGCUGAACAACGGCAGUGACAGAAAAUCCCACUUGUGUUUUAGAUUAUUAUAAAUGUAUAUAUUAUGACCUGAAAUAGAGGAAACAGUGAUAAUGUCAAAUGCUUCUAAAUGAACAAAGUGUUUGGAAUUUUGUUACUAAUUUCACUUAUUUACGUUUUUAAUAAUGUACCAUGUUAAUAUUCUGUCAUACAUACAAAUACAGAAAUGGGCAGUAAAAUAAACUUAUAUAUUA